AUGGCAUCUCUCCACGUCGGCCUGGCCGUCGGCAACGGCACUGGUCCCGAACUCACAGCCAUCUUCGAGCGAGUCAUCCAGGCGCUCGCCGCCCCCCACAACCUCACCAUCACCUUCACACGGUCCCCGCGCCUCUACCACUCCUAUUCGUCCCUGCUAGCCAUCAACGACAAGGACGCCGUGACAGACGAGACCCUCCUCGACGCCAGCCACUACCGCGCCUGGUGCGAAGAUGCGGUCGCCCACGGCGUGCGCGCCAUCUUCCGUACCUCCAUCAGCGCGCAGGCGCUCUACCUCGUGCGCGAGCAGCUGCAAGCCAUCAAAGUCGAGCACUUUAAGCUCUCGCCCACCGCGUCGGUGCUGCUGGUGCGCGACCAGGCGCAGGGCUUCUACUCCGGCACCAACAGCAUCAACCCCGCCGGCGACACCGUCUCGCGCACCGCCUUCUUCAGCAAGGAUGUCUUCACCAACAUCGUCGAGUACGCGCUGCUGCGUGCCCGGCGGCUCUGGCCCACGGGUCCCCUACCCCCCGUGACCAUGAUCUACAAGUUCCACCUGUUCGACGGGCUGUUCCACUCGUGGGCGCAGGAGUGGCAGGCCCGUCUCGGUGUGCGCGUCCGCUUCGUGCAGGGCGACACGAUGAACCGCGAUAUCCUGGCGUUCGGUGUGACGGGCCACCAGCUCUUUAUCUCGGCGAAUGAGUACGCGGAUAUCAUGCAGACCGUCCUGCUGGACCGGUUUGGACUGGGCGCCCAGGAGGCGGCGUGUGCGGAGAACGUCUACCUGCACCCGGCGCUGGGGCCGCUGAGCGAGUACCAGACCGCGCAUGGCUCGGCGGACGAUCUGGCCGGUAAGGGCACGGUGAAUCCAGCGGCGACGAUCCGGGCGGCGGCGAUGAUGCUGCAGAACCAGGCGGGGUGUUUAGUCCAGGACAAGGUCGAUUGGGCACUGGAGGACGUGUGGAAGAGGGGCAUUGCGACGCCAGACAGGGGGGGUCAGGCUACGACGGCGGAGUUCGUGGAUGCUUUUCUACAAACCGUCCAGCAGGAGGGGGGAGGUGCGCCCAAGCUGGGCUUGGACGGUCGCAGCCGACGAAGAGCCGUUGUGGUUGUCGACUUGCAGAACGACAUGGUCACCCAGUACAAGGACCAGUCGACCAUGACCAGAGUGACGGCCAACAUUCCUCGAGUGUUGGAGUGGGCUCGCCAGGCGCGUAUCGAGGUGAUCUUCGUGCGUUUUCUGGGUGAUGAGCAGUUCCAACCCGCCAGCUGGCGGCAGCGUAAUCAGCUACACGGGCGACGCCCAUGGUGCGUGCAAGGCACUUGGGGCGCGGACAUAUUCGGCAGUGUUGCAGUGCAGGCCGGAGAACGGGUCUUCGAUAAGAAGGCCCGAUAUGAUCCAUUCUUAGUGCGCGAGUUUGAGCACUACGUGGCCCAACGGGGGUUCGAGGAUCUGUUGGUGGUGGGACUGUACGCGGAUGUGUGUGUGGAUGCCACAGUGCGAGGGGCGUUCCAGCGAGGCUUAACGACGACAAUCGUGCGAGGCUGUAUGGCUGGGUUGCAUUUUUCAGAGAAUCAGGUGGCAGCGUAUAUGCAGCAGGUGUAUGGGAGCAAUGUGAUUGCCAUGGAGGAGUUGGCUUGA